UCCGUCCGCGAGGAAAUAAAAGUCUUUUACUUACUAUUAAUUUGAUUGGUCGGCAAGGAUGAGAACUCAGUGUUUGAUUGGUUUCCACGGAUGUAAAUCAAAAUACCUUUUCCGGAGUUAAUGCGUUACAGAAGGCAUCACAUACGAAAUGUAGUGAGUAGUUGAAUAGUGAGGGUUUUAAGGGGUUUUAUUGCAUUACCAAGUAAAUAUCUGGCAUCUCAUAUCUGAGACCAUCACAUAGAUGAGGAACUGAGCAAAAGACAUUUCUGAUUCGUUGUUAUUUGAGUGACAAUCAAUGUCACUGUAAACACGUGAACUGUGCUGUCCUUCAUAAACUACAAACAACUGGAUCGAAGACUCCUGUUUUCAGAUGAACCGUCUGUAAGGCCAUUGGUCAAGUGGUGUCACAGUUUAAGACAUACAGCCUUAACUCAGGAUGCAUUCGGAUCUGUCACCCCAUCUGCAUACUAACGAGUGCAAUCAACUUAUAACACUUCUCAAACAGUGCCACAAAGAGCAUAAUGUCCUCAGGUUCUUUGGCACAUGUAAUGAUAUGGACCGUGCAAUGCGUGAUUGUCUCAAGAAAGAGUAUCAGGCAAACAGGGAGCGCAGCAAGGCUCAUGCAGAAGAAAUGAGACGCCGUUUAAAGGAACAACCAAAAGAACAUCCCUAAUAUCAAGAUGGAUCCCUUGGAGUACAGACCUACAGCAGACAGAAAAUUCUGCUGAAAUUCUGAAACUUCUGGUAUUCCCAGUGUUCCUAGACACUUUACAUCUGGAAUACUUUUCUCUGAGGAUAUGUAGAUUAAUUUAUUAUGGACCUUGCAGUAAAUAAAGCAACAGAGUGUCUGAUAAUGAAA